CAGGGCAUCCAAAGGAUGCUUUUGCGCACGCGCAGCCCCUCCCGCCCUGGCCCCAACGCAGUCAAGGGGAGCUUGUGCGCAUGCGGGGCCCGGCCCAGGGGCGCUGAGGAGCGGGUGCCAUGUUCGGCGGCGGCGGCGGCGCUCGUCUCAGCUAUGUUCUGCGGGGAGCCGGGCAGUUGUGUGCAACAUCGACAUUGCUGGCAGCAAGAACAGGAAUGUAGGAGCCGGAAUGAUUCAGAUUCUUUGUUGUUGAAUGAAUAUCCAUGCAGACAAUUAGACCAAUGGCUGGAGAGCUCUACAACACCAGAAUAUUCUGGGCCCCUUUCCAGCUGCCCCAACUGGGAAAGCAGAAUAGAAGAAGGCACAAUAAUGAAGACUUCAAAUAAAAAGAUGAUGACUAAUUCUAAUCCAGCUGAAAGGGAAACGGAUGAAGUGGUUCUGAGGAGAAGACAAAAACAGAUCAAUUUUGGAAAGAAUACGCUUGCUUAUGACAGAUACAUUAAAGAAGUUCCAAAGAAUCAGCGAAUACCAGGAGUUCACCCUAGAACUCCCAACAAAUUUAAGAAGUACAGCCGUAGAUCCUGGGACCAGCAGAUCAGGCUGUGGAAGAUAGCACUGCAUGCCUGGGAUCCUCCUACUGAAGAAACCUGGGAUCUGCAGCCAGUUAAUACAGAACCCUCAGGCAGUUGCCAAGAAUGGUUCUGCAGAGACCAGGAUGAUUCUGACUCCUUUAUGUUUGAUGAAAUGCAGAAGAGAAAUGAGUGUGAAGAUGAGUGCAGACAGGCUGACUACAUGCCAGAGAGUCCCCAUUCUCCUGAUUCUUCUCCUCUAUGGAAACGCAGAAGGAGAAACAAUUCUGACUCCUCUGUGGUCUCAAAGAGCAGAAACCAUUAUGUGCAUAUGUACCACACACUGGGAAGUCUUACUGAUUCGGGACAUCAGGAGGCUUUUUCAAAGUGCUUGGAGUGGGAAGCCUUUGGUGAAAAUGACGAAGUAAUGACAGUACAACAUGGCAUAGAAAUAACAAGUGACGCAAUUCCAGCCAGUUCCUCUUCAGGAUGGAGCAAUCAGAAACAGAAAAAAAGCACCUUCUUUUUUUCUGACAGCAACUCUUGCAGAGAUGCAGACUGCACACUGGACAGGCUUAAACUUCACAGUGGUUUUCUGGAAGGCCGUCAGUCAGAGUGCCCUGAAAGGGGAUGGGGGAGUGCAGGUGCUGAAGAUAGACUAAUGAGGAAAAAAAUUUAAAUACGAAGUGUCUCUUUGUAUAUAGAAUUAUCAAAGGACUUUCUCCUGUGACAGAAAAUGAUUUGAAGAAUAGGAGUAUAGUCUGAGAUGAGCAGACCAAGUCUUGGAAAUCUGGUGCAGUCUCAUAAAACCUGCACUGAAAGAGGAAGAGAUUUGCAGUCAGCAUAUGUGCAAUCAACAUAAAGUGCAAUGUGCAGGUUUCUGCAGUUCUUUAAGGAUAGAUUGUUUUCUGCAAGCUCUGCCUCAAGUGUAAAACUUCAAAUUUCGUUAAGCCUGUGCUGCAACGAUGAUGGACGUUCCUUAAAGCUUUUGUGAGAGUGUUCCUGCUUUUCCUGCGCUGGCAGAUGAUGUAUACAUCAUAUUGUAAAGGCUGCUUUAGUUGAUGGAUGCUGCUGUACCAUUUGGAGAUCACACUACUUGGAGUACGCUAAUGUUAUGCUGGCAAAUUGGUCCAAUAUUGAGUCAAAGUGAAGAAUGCCACCCUUAAACUGUGGAAUUAAACACCCUUUCCUCUACUGGACCAGAAUUGUACAUCCAGCCUGAAGAAGUGCUUCAGAAGAAUGUAGAUAAUUCCAACCUUUCUUCAGUUAAAGACAAACUAUUCUUAGCUUUUGGAUUGGAUGAUUAUCCAUUGGGCUUAUUUACCGUUCUCUGAAGUAAGAUAUAUUAAGCUAGCAUUUGCCUAAGCCUAGUGAGAGGAGAGAAGGGAAAGGUAGAUGGUUUAUCAAAAUCAAACCUCUCUCUUGAAGGAGGCAAGUGACUGAACAGCAGCACAGCCUAAAUACGUGGAUUUUGCCUUUGUGUGUUGCAGCCUGACCUAAAGAGCUGAUCUACUGCUAAGAGUAUCAGGAUGAGCUCAGUGCCUGCUGUUCCUACUGGAGGUGAGCAGCAGUGUUUGGAGCUGCUCUUGGGUGUGGGGUGUCCAGUCUAAAGGCUUUGAUGGUCUUGAGGUAGGCUCUCCUUUGUUUUACUCUUCUAGCACUGUGCUCAGAGGCCAAAGUAAGGGCUGUGGCAACACUGGAGUUUAGACCAGAUUCAUAUGGUAGUUAAGUUUUUUUUGAAAUGGCACUUUAUGUAGCCCGUACUGGGAUACAGAUGUCUGUUACAGUUGGGAGUUGUCUCUGCAGGAGUUCAGUUUGGCUCUUCGCACGGCCCCUGCAGAGUGAUGGCAGUGCUAGGGAUAGGGAUGACACACAGCAGCCUUUCUGUGGGGCUGGGCAGUGUCCCCAAGGGCCAAAAGCCUAUUGUGCUACUGCUGGAAGUAAGCUGCUUCCCCAGGAGCUGCUCCCAGUCCAUUGCAAAAUCUUAUUUCCCAGCACGCUCAGGCUUGGUGUUCAGUAGUGUCCCAGCACAAGGGUGGCUCAGUCACACCACAGACCAUGGAGGGUGUACAUACGAGGAACACACCUGUACAGCACUUCUUCCAAGAAGUAAUAUUUAGAACCUUCUUGUUCCAGUGUGCAUGCUUCCAUGUGAUUUAUGAUGGUUGUAAAUAAGGGAAUGUGUUGACACUUCUUGUCAUUUUGUCUUUAUGCAGAAUAAUUAAAGACUUGAACUUUAAAAAUCCUUGUUAGUCUGCUAUUGCUGUUAUGUUGCCAGAGUUUUGUUCUAAAAGGAAUAUGUCGGUUCAGUACUCCUUUUGUGUGAGUGUUUUAAGGUGUGUUGUCUAUUUUGUGGGUCUUCUUAGCCUUGCUAAAAGGGGGAAGGAGGAAUCUUCAGAGAUUAAAUCAAAUUCUUGUAGGGAGUUUGCAGCACAAUUUGGGUUGUGUCUAACCCUUCAGCUUGUAUUCUGAUGUCUUAUAAUGAACUUAUAUUUCAUAACGUAGUGGAAGGGAGCAGCUGAAUCCCCUGCACCUGUUCUACCAUGAGAAAGGUGUCCUCUUGGGGGGAGGAUAGAGCUGUUGGGUGAGAGUAAUAGGCUGCUAUGAAAUACUUAAGCUCAGUUGUCUGAGCCCUUAAGCUUUUGCCUAGGAUGGACACGGCCUGCAGUAGAUUUAUGGACACAAAUCCAUAGGUUUGUAAUUCAGCAGUCCUUAAAAGAUCUUAUAUUUUUUGGUUGAAUGUACUUUGACUAGGAAUAGAAUUACCAGUCUCCCUGCAGCAGUUAAAUUUGGGGCAGAUUUAUUCACUAAUCCUGGUUCUGUAUGUAUGGACAAGCUUUGCUAGCACAAGGAAAGAAAUUAAACUGAGCAGAUAAGGUUUGAAGCCUGCCAAAGUCAUUUAAUGUGGUGCUGCCACUGGACGUAGAACCACUGUGAUGUCUUCUAAUUAAUAACAGUACCCUCAUCAGUCUAAACAGAGUAGUUAAAACUGGAAUGCAGUCCAUCCAUUGCCUUGUUUAUCCACGGCUACUUGACAUAAGAGUUUACAACUGGAGUAAGCAAAGCUGAAGUCUGGUACUCCUUCCCCAGUUUGUAUUUGAUAACCUUUUGUUAAUUUUACCUAUUUUAAUUAAAUCUAGUUUGCAUAAGUCUGUGCUCAGUUCAUAAUUAAGCCAAAAUAAACUCUGAAAUAAUUUCUUUGAAGAAGUGA